CACCCUCCAGUCUUUCCCUUUCUCGCUUUUGCGUGCACGCACCUAAACACGUCCGCCCCCCUGUCACUACUCUCGUCCCUCUCUGACCCACAGUCAGUCGCACACAUUUAUACACAUGCAUGCGGGUGGACGGCGGAUUCUGAAAUCUCCGUGAAGAUGGUGGUACCGGGGCUGUUUUUUUAACUGUGCUUAGAUAGCUCACAUAACGCUUUACAGCGGUAUCCAUUGUGCCUCUUCUGGAAAGAAAGACCGGUGAAUGGCCAGACAACGGGAAUAGAAGAACAUCUCAAAGGGAUAGAGAGGAUCGGACGGGAAGUGCGUUUAAAUAGCUAAACCCGCAAAUCUGCCUUGAAUACAAUUGAAGUAUUUGGACAGAAGAAACAGACGUCUGCUUCUUCAUGCAAUUGAGUUAAAGUGGGGGAUCAAGGAGCCGCUUGUCUGUUCAGGGAGGACUCGGUGUCCGGGGGAUACGAGGAAGGGAGAAAGCUGGUAAUUAGCCCAUAUUCUCCACUUGCUAUUCGUCUGCGACUCAAUGGGAAGAAUAGUGGCGUGGGAAAAGUUUCCAUCAAACGAGCAAAGGAGGACGGAAAGGGGCUACAUACAACCAAGACUGGCUUCCGCCGUGGCCCUGUAUGGAUGGCAGACUGAAGUUUACUGACAAUUCAAUUGCCGGUCACUCGUGGAAUUAUGGGAGAAAUCAGUGCCAGUUAUCAGGAAAUUCAAAUAAAUGUUAUGUUGACUUGACUGUUCUUGUAUUAUCAAAACAAUAUUUACUCAACACAGACUGAGCAUGGGAUGGAUCCAAUAAAGUAGGUAUUUGCGCGUGUAGGCUUACACUUGAUCUCCAAUUCAAUUGUAGGUCUACUACAUUUUGCAGCUUUUUGCUCUGCCAACUUGUCCUCUUAAAAUUGCCCACUUCUGUCAGCGUGGAUCCCCGGGAAUUGGAGGCGCAGCUUUGGAAAUUCCGGAGAGGGACCUCAGGAAAGGACGGGGCUCCAUCCAUGGAAAUACUUACGAAUAGGCCUUUCCCAAUCACAGCAAGAGCAUGUGGGUAAAGAAGGAUAAUGGGCAUUAGACGUCAGUGUUUGUUUUCUCUUUCUUGUUUAUGGGAAGACAUUUCCGCCUUAAAUAACCCAGCACAUGUCAAACAAUAGUUCCGUAACUGUGGCUUUUCUUGCAAUGCCUUUACAACGACGGUGCUUGGGUUCAUUUGGGGAAUAUGGGAUAAAGUUCUAUACACACUAAGUGUUCACGUGUGAAGUUUGAAAUUAUUAUUUUUCUCAUAUAUCACUGUAAAUUGGAAGCAAUUUCUGAAUGCAUUAUAGUCUACUUGCUUAAAAGCAUUACCAUGUAAUAUAUAACAUAUAAGAGAGGACAGGCAGGAGGCUACAGUUCUGUAGAGACAAAUAUAAAUGCAGACGGGAUCUAAAAUCAAUGGAGGAUUAUUUUGACAGUGCAUGUACAAAGAAUGGCUAUGCAGGCAGCCAAGUAGUGAGAGCAUGAAGGAAUUUGAUCCAGGUUUCAGUUGUCAUUAUCUGAAGAAUUUGUCCCAAUAUACCAGUAGUCUACAGUCGGCUAUUUAGUCAGGGGAGAGCCUUGGAAAUACUACUGAAAUGCUACUGAAUACUACUAAAGUAGUAUUACACAACUAGGUUUCUACAGUCAACAUAAUUAUGUUAUGUAAGAUUUUGACUUCUCCCCAAAUCUUUUUCAAUGAGUCAAAAACAGUUGUCAGUACUUGGACUGGAACAGAAUGAACUGUGCCGACACAAGUGCGUCAAAACAGAGGGGAAGGUAUAAGAAUGUGAGUAUUGACGUCAUGAGGGGCAAUAAUUAACAGAUCAAAAUUCAGUACAGGCUAACUGUCAGACUUUUUCUCUGGAGAUGUUUUCUGUUAGUGCAUAAUUUAUUUGUUCUAGUCUAGAGGGUACCACACUCAAUACAUUCAUAGCCUACAUUGCCUUGCAAAUAGCAAUUCGAAUUUCUGUUAGAUUAAAAAGCAACAUGGCAUCCCCCCAACAUCAGCAGCUGCUGCCUCACAACACAGAGGUGAGCUGUGACUCAAGCGGUGAGGGCAGCGUCUCCGUGAGGAUCAGCAGUAGUGUCAAACACAAGCACGGAGGAGGAGCCGGGGCGCUGGGUGGCAUGGGAGGAGGCUUCAUGGGGAGUGGGUCCAAACACUGCAAGUACAGCAUCUCCUCUAGCUGCAGCUCGGGAGAGUCCGGGGUUCUCAGGCCCGUGGUUAAGGGGCUGCGAACCCAGAGGAAGAUGCCCCAGCUGUUCGAAAGGUCUGCGGGGCACUUCUGGGACCCAAAGUUUGACUCUCCCAUCCUGGAGGAGGCAUGCAGGGAGAGGUGCUUUCCCCAGACCCAGCGGAGGUUCCGCUACGUCCUCUUCUACCUGUUCGCCGCCAGCCUCCUCUGGGGGGUGUACUUCAGUGCCAACCCCGACCGGUGUGACCGAACUGCCUUCCUCGUCCCCACCGCCUGCUUCCUCCUCUUCUGCCUCCUCCUCUUCCUUUUGACGUUCACAAGGAUCUACGUCCGCUGCUACAACCAGGCGUCACUGCUGCUCAUCGUGGUGACUUUUGCCCUCACCCUGGCACCCCAGAUCCAGACAGCCGGCUUCAGGGACCUGGAGACCCUCCCUCCUGAGGAUGUGGUGGAGGAUGUGGGGGACUUCAGUGGCAUGGAGCCCAGAAAUGUGACCUUCAACCGGGACUUACCCACGGGCAGCGCCUGCCUAUCUCCAGUAGGGACCUUCUCCCUGGGCAUGGAGGUGCUGCUGCUACUCUACAGCGUCCUCCACGUCCGACUCUAUGCCUCGGUGCUACUGGGACUUCUCUACUCUGUGCUCUUCGAGGCUCUGGGAUGGCUUCACCUCACCCAGGCUGCUGGGGAUGGUUGGAGCCAGGCCAUGGAGGGGUCUGACUGGGACACUCUACGCUGGCUGGGGCCAGCCAAAGCUUUGCUCCACCUGUGCGCCCAUGCCAUCGGCAUCCACCUUUUCAUCAUGUCUGAGGUGCGAUCGCGAAGUACCUUCCUCAAGGUGGGCCAGGCCAUCAUGCACGGCAAGGACCUGGAGGUGGAGAAGGCGCUGAAAGAACGCAUGAUCCACUCGGUGAUGCCUCGGAGGGUGGCCGACGACCUGAUGAAGCAGGGCGACGAGGAAGGCUUGGCGGGCGGGAGCUCGGCCAAGCGCUACUCCAGCAGCGGCGCGGCGGCCGUCAUCUCCAGUCCCAAGAACAACAAGAGGAAUAAGACCUCAAUCCCGAGAGGCCAGAUCAUCUUCAGACCCUUCAACAUGAAGCGCAUGGAGCCCGUCAGCAUCCUCUUCGCGGAUAUCGUAGGCUUCACCAAGAUGUCUGCCAACAAGUCGGCCCACGCCUUGGUGGGGCUCCUCAAUGACCUCUUUGGACGUUUUGACCGGCUGUGUGAGCUGACGUGCUGUGAGAAGAUAAGCACCCUCGGGGACUGCUACUACUGCGUGGCAGGCUGCCCUGAACCUCGGGCUGACCAUGCCUACUGCUGCGUAGAGAUGGGGCUGGGCAUGAUCCAAGCCAUCGAACAGUUCUGCCAGGAGAAGAGCGAGAUGGUUAACAUGAGGGUGGGCGUCCACACGGGCACUGUCCUGUGCGGUAUCCUCGGGAUGAAGCGAUUUAAGUUCGACGUGUGGUCCAACGACGUGAACCUGGCCAAUUUGAUGGAGCAACUGGGCGUGGCCGGGAAGGUGCACCUAUCAGAGGCCACCGCCAACUUUUUGGAUGACCGGUACCAGCGGGAGAACGGACGGGUCACUGAGAGGGUUGGACAGAGCGUGGUGGCGGACCAGCUGAAAGGAUUGAAGACCUACCUGAUCUCAGGGAGGAAGGUGGAGCCGUGCCACUGUAGCUGUUCCCAGCUGGGCCUGGUUGGCCUGGAGCCUGGGGGGGACACCCGCUGUCCCACAUCCCGUGCCCACACCCCAGAUGGACCCCCCAGAGCCCCCUCAGCCUGUGGCCUACCCCAAAGAGGGGCUCCCGACAAGGCCAAGUCUCAUUGUCUCUCCUGCAGUGCGGCUGUAGUUCCAAAGGAGGAUCAGGUUCUGGAGAAGGGCACGGUGCAGAACGGUUGCCAUGACGAUCACACAACCAAUAGCAGCAAGGACACCUCAUCUCUCAAAUGUCCCUCUCAGGCCCCCGUAGGCUGCAGCCCUAAGGCCCUGAACGGUCUGCUGAGCCCCAGGCUGGAGGAGCCCCUGACCAACAGCCAGACGUCCCUGUGUGAGAUGCUCCAGGAGAAGGAGAAGAAGUGGGGUGGAGGGGCCAUGGGGAUGGACCACUCUGCUCUCAUCCCCCUGCGCUCCAAGAACUUCAGAGAGAGGAGCGACGCUCACUUUGUGGAUGUUAUCAAAGAGGACAGUCUGAUGAAGGACUACUUUUUCAAGCCUCCCAUCAACAAGCUGAGCCACACCUUCCUGGACAGAACCCUGGAGUCUGCCUACAGGACCAGCUACCAGGAAGAGGUGGAGACCCAGGCAGCGGUACAGACCUUUGCCAGCCCUACCUUCAGCUCUUUCCUGGACAUGGUCCUGUGUUGCUCAGUGUUUCUGGCCCUCUCCCUGGCCUGCCUCCUCCGGCCCCUGCUCUCCCUCCCUGGGGCCCCCCUGCCUGCCCCGGCCCUCGCCCUGGUUGCCGUGGCCACCCUGCUGGAGGCCCUGGCGCUGGUGCUGUCUAUACGGAUGGCCUUCUACCUGGACAGCGUGAUGAGCUGCACUAGAACACUGCUGAGGGCCAUCUCUGGCUGGGUCCCCCGUCACCUGAUAGGGGCCGUGCUGGUGUCCCUGCCCGCUGUGUCCGUCUUCUCACACGUCACCUGUGACAUGCACCUCUCCAUACAGUUCACCAUGCUCACCUGCUGUGCAGUGAUCAUUGCCAUCAUCCAGUACUGUAACUUCUGCCAGCUGAGCUGCUGGAUGCGCUCGGCCAUGGCCACAGUGGUGGGACUGGUGCUGUUCGCCCUGCUCUUCAGCCCGCCCUGCAGUUCUGCCAACAGUAUGUUAUUUUGGUCUGGCGACGCCACCAACAACAGUAACCGCAGCAGUGUUGUACAUGGUCAGCCUGAGCCCGCCGCUGACCCCGUGCCCCGCCUCCAGGACCUGCUGGGCCCCGAGGUGGGAGUGGCCUUCUUCCUGCUCCUCCUGCUCGUCUGGUUCCUCAACCGCGAGUUCGAGGUCAGCUACCGCCUCCAUUACCACGGCAACGUGGAGGCCGACCAGCACCGCAUCAAGAUCCAGAACAUGAGGGACCAAGCCGAUUGGUUGCUUAGGAACAUCAUCCCCAUCCACGUGGCAGAGCAGCUCAAAGUGACUCAGAGUUACUCCAAAAACCAUGGUAAUGUUGGCGUGAUUUUUGCCAGUAUCGUUAACUUUAGCGAGUUCUACGAGGAGAGUUACGAGGGCGGCAAGGAGUGCUACCGUGUGCUCAACGAGCUCAUCGGUGACUUCGACGAACUGCUUCGCGAGCCGCCCUUCAACAACAUCGAGAAGAUCAAGACCAUUGGUGCCACGUACAUGGCGGCGGCUGGGCUGAACGCGCAGCAGUGCGCCGAGACGCCGCACCUUCACGGCCACCUACGGGCGCUGUUUGACUUCGCACUGGAGAUGAUGCGCGUGGUGGACGACUUCAACAAGAACAUGCUGGGCUUCAAGUUCAAGUUGCGCAUCGGUUUCAACCACGGUCCUUUGACUGCAGGGGUGAUCGGCACCACUAAGCUGCUCUACGACAUCUGGGGCGACACAGUGAACAUCGCCAGUCGCAUGGACACUACGGGCGUGGAGUGCCGCGUGCAGGUGAGCGAGGAGAGCUACUGCGCCCUCAGUGCCAUGGACUACAACUUCGACUACCGCGGCACAGUCAACGUCAAGGGCAAAGGUCAAAUGAAGACCUUUCUGUUCCCCAAGAGUGCGGACAGCGGCGCCCCCGUGCCUCAGUACCUGCUCUCCGUCUCGCCAGAGAUCCGGGUGCAGGUGGACGGGAGUAUCGGGCGCUCGCCAACGGAUGAGCUCUCUAAUAUGGUGCCUAGCUCCAUCUCUGGUGUACCCAGUACCACCAGUCCCUCGCUCAGCUCUGGGGUGUCCACGGGUCUGCUGCGGCCUGAGAGGGGGGUGGUGGAGGCUGGAGAUAGGCCAGACAGUCGGCAACAAUACUACGGUAGCCCUACUACUACAGAGACCAUCGCAGCCAGACGCUCCUCCUCAUCAUCCUACGUUGGUCUAGCCUCCCUGCCUAUCACUAGUCAAGCUGGAGCUACUUUGAAAGUCAAACAACCAAAUCAGUCCAUCACUAAUGAAGAUGAAACUCCUUCAACCAGCGUCCAACAACCAAAUCUGCCCACCACUAGUCUAGCUGGAGCUCUUUUGACAGUCCAACAACCAAAUCUGCCCACCAAGUAUAAAGGUGAAACUCCUUCAACCAACGUCCAACAACCAAAUCUGCCCACCACUAGUCUAGAUGGAGCUCUUUUGACAGUCCAACAACCAAAUCUGCCCACCACUAGUCUAGCUGGAGCUCUUUUGACAGUCCAACAACCAAAUCUGCCCACCACUAGUCUAGCUGGAGCUCUUUUGACAGUCCAACAACCAAAUCUGCCCACCACUAGUCUAGCUGGAGCUCUUUUGACAGUCCAACAACCAAAUCUGCCCACCACUAGUCUAGCUGGAGCUCUUUUGACAGUCCAACAACCAAAUCUGCCCACCACUAGUCUAGCUGGAGCUCUUUUGACAGUCCAACAACCAAAUCUGCCCGCCACUAGUCUAGCUGGAGCUCUUUUGACAGUCCAACAACCAAAUCUGCCCACCACUAGUCUAGCUGGAGCUCUUUUGACAGUCCAACAACCAAAUCUGCCCACCACUAGUCUAGCUGGAGCUCUUUUGACAGUCCAACAACCAAAUCUGCCCACCACUAGUCUAGCUGGAGCUCUUUUGACAGUCCAACAACCAAAUCUGCCCACCACUAGUCUAGCUGGAGCUCUUUUGACAGUCCAACAACCAAAUCCACCCAUCAAUUAUAAAGGUGAAACUCCUUCAACCAACGUCCAACAACCAAAUCCACCCAUCAAUUAUAAAGGUGAAACUCCUUCAACCAACGUCCAACAACCAAAUCUGCCCACCACUAGUCUAGCUGGAGCUCUUUUGACAGUCCAACAACCAAAUCCACCCAUCAAUUAUAAAGGUGAAACUCCUUCAACCAACGUCCAACAACCAAAUCUGCCCAUCACUAAUAAAGAUGAAACUCCUUCAACCAGCGUCCAACAACCAAAUCUGCCCGCCACUAGUCUAGCUGGAGCUCUUUUGACAGUCCAACAACCAAAUCCACCCAUCAAUUAUAAAGGUGAAACUCCUUCAACCAAUGUCCAACGACCAAAUCCACCCAUCAAUUAUAAAGGUGAAACUCCUUCAACCAAUGUCCAACAACCAAAUCCACCCAUCAAUUAUAAAGGUGAAACUCCUUCAACCAACGUCCAACAACCAAAUCCACCCAUCAAUUAUAAAGGUGAAACUCCUUCAACCAACGUCCAACAACCAAAUCCACCCAUCAAUUAUAAAGGUGAAACUCCUUCAACCAACGUCCAACAACCAAAUCCACCCAUCAAUUAUAAAGGUGAAACUCCUUCAACCAACGUCCAACAACCAAAUCUGCCCACCACUAGUCUAGCUGGAGCUCCUACAACAAACGUCCUCCAACAACCAAAACCUGUGGCGCCUGCCUCCCUCCAGUCUCUCUCCCCUCAGAAUGCCACAGCAACUGAGUCACGGAAGGAGGUGGAAAAAGAGAAAGAGGAGCAGGACGAUGAUGACAUUAUUGGCGAGCUAACGAAACUCUAAGACUGUUAUGUCUGCGAUAGUUUUUUGCAUUAGCCUUCAGCCCUUUAAGCACGGCCUUUCUUGCAUUCCUGCCAGUUGAAGCUUAUUAUGGAACAGUCGUAUGUGACGAGAAGGCAUACAGGAGGGAGCACCUAAAUGGCAGACUGUAAGAAACCGGUUUCUGGCUCCUCUGUUGUCAAUUCUUCUCCAGGUUCGUGCUCAUUGGGACACAGCUUUGUUAAUCUUUUUUCAACUGAAUGCGAAAAUGAGCGUUUCUUAUUGAACAAGUUCAGACACUACAUCUGUUUUCUUCCCGUUCAUGCCCACUGAACACGACCGAUGUAGCUGGUGGCCACAGUAAGAGUGAAUAAGAAGAUAGGGAAAGUACGACGGGCGCUAUUACUGAACUUAUGUUGCUAUAGAAACCCAGCCUCCUAUGAUCUACUUGAUUCUCACUAACAUCUUUAGUCUUUUUUUGUUGUUGUAUGUUUUUGGCUUUUUUUCUUCUCGCCUUUGUUUUUUUCUGUCUUGAUUAAUAAGUGCCUUUAGCACAAAAUAAUGUGUAGACCAAGCUGGUCUGGACGAGGAACGAAGAAGAAGCAUAAAGGGGAAAGAACACUGGGAAAGACUUCUACACUACCAAACUGUGAACCUUAUGUACAUUUUAAGGCAAAAGCUUGGUUUCUGUCAGUUUGUUAUAGUUGUCUUUGGUCUGUGUAGCUAUGAAAUUGCUUGUAUUACUGUAGUUAAGGAGUUUACAAGAAUCGGAGCAAUAAGAAAUGCCACAGUGAAGAGUGGAUGAUGGGUUACAAAGGGAAGCAAGAUGGAGUCGUCUUUUCACAGUGAAUCACUUUAAAUUGUCUAAGAAAAGCACAGGCCUCGCACAACGCUCUCAGACAAACCCACAACAAUAUCUAGAACAUCAGUCGGAAGGCUUGACUGUGUGCUUGUGUCUGUGCGCUACACUACAGUAAUAACUGCCAUCCACGGCCUCAUGCGGAGAGGUGGCUGUAAGUUGUCAUUCUGCAACUGAUGAAACCGUGGGAAGAAGGUGGGGAGUGUGAUUAAGACAUAAUGAAAUCCCGCUUGCUGAUGUGGUAUCUUUUCUCCUGGCCCUGGUUAAAAGUAAGGACCUCUGUCUUACUAGCCUCAAGCCGUCAACUAGACCUUGGUAAUAGUAAUUAGGGCUGAAUCCUAACUCCCACUUAAGUCUGUUUUAAGUCAAAGUCUCCAAUUGACAUCAAUGCAUGACUAAGUGAAAAUGUUUAAGUUAGGACUUGACCCUAACUCUUUAACAUAUCACUAAUUAGCUUCAGCUGCACAUUAGUCUAUAAAGUCUAUACAAGUCUAUAAAGCUAACUUUUAGCACCACAGGUUGGUUCAUGUGCCAUAACCUCUUCCUAGUAUUUUACAGGAAUGCAAUCUGUUGUUAGGCUACCGUUGUUGAGGUUUGAAGUGCACCCCUCUAGAUAGGCUUCCUAAUAGGUAGUUUAUAUUGAACGUGCUGGUUUGCUUACAAUACAGUUAACAAUCUGCUAAAAUUGUUACAUGUGCGUCAUGUACAUAUCAUGUGGAAUAGGCAAGAGCACAAACAGAUCUGGGACCAGGCUAAUCUUGAGUAGUCUCUUGUGGCAGACCUGAGUUAAGAUGUUGAGUGAUCCAGUUUAACAGAAUGGUAGAUUGGUAUAUUGACCUUCAAAUAGGACUUGAUUUGCUAUCGCCACCCCCCCGUUACUCUACCGUCCGGCUAUUUAGAAAUACAUGCAAGGGGGAAUGCAUCUGAUUCCUCUUGUUACAGCAUUCCUGCCAAAUUAGAUCCUGGAUAAUAAGGGACGUUUCUAACAUGUGUCAUGUAAACAACAUAUACAAAUAAACAUGUCAAGUGUGCAUGUUCAGUGCUACAUAUUUUCCUAUUUGUUUUGUGUGUUUGUUUUGUUGAAGUUGAGAUCUUGUUGUUUUCUUUUUAUAUAUAUACAUGUACUGUAUGCAUUGUUUUAUCAGAACCUUUCUUGAGAUAAUUGAGUAUGGUGAACUGUACAGUGCAUAUCCUCCAACUGCAAGUCUAAUCAUCCCUGUCACUUUCUCUCUGUUUUAGUGAAAGGGCUUGGGUGCUCGGGGGAAAUAACAAAACAAGUAAUGGUACUGCUAGGCUUCCAUCCAAUUGGCGACCGAUUUUCAUGCAAAUAUUCUAAAAUCUACAUGAAGAAAAUCUGCGUAUUUUUCCACCAGUGGUGUGUUUCCACCAGGGGUGUGUUUCCACCAGGGGUGUGUUUCCACCAGGGGUGUG